UACUUCCCAAAAGUCGCUCCUUUUCCACCUUCCCUUCCUUCUUCGUCUCGUCGUCGCCGAUGGGCAAGUACAUGAGGAAGGACAAGCACGCCGGCGAGGUCGCCGUCGUGGAGGUCUCCACCCACCAGCCCUCCCUCGGCGUCCGAACCCGCGCCCGAACCCUCCUCGCCGCCGCCGCUGCGCAGGACACCUCUCCUGCCUACCUCGAGCUCCGUAGCCGCCGCCUCGAGAAGGCGCUUUCCCCACCUCACGCCUCCAAGCCCAAGGCGACGAUCCAGAAGAACUCCCCUGCGCCGAUCGCUAGCCCUAGGAUCAGCUUGCAAAAAUUCGGCACGCCGAGUUCCGGGCCGGCUAGCUCCGCUAGGUCUUCGAACGAGCGAUCGCCGGAUGUGGAGGUCUCGUGCGACGAGAACGUUCUGGAGCCUGAUUCGAGAGAAAGGGAGGUGAGGGACGUUGAGACAAUAGGCACUCGGGGUUCUACAACAAAAUCCACAUAUUCAAUUGUCAGUAAGCAGAGAAAACAAAAUGCUUUCAGCCAGUACAUCCCUUCGAAUCAGGAAAUGGAAGAGUUUUUUGCCGGGAUAGAGAAACUUCAGCAAGAACAAUUUAUCGAAAAGUACAACUUUGAUCCUGUAAACGAAUGCCCGCUACCAGGCCGGUUCGAAUGGGAAAAACUGGAUUCCUAGAAAAUCUUUCACUCUCCUCUGUUUCAUCCAACUUAUCUCGCUGAGGAUUCUGAGGGCGAGAACCGUCCAUCAUCACCUCAUAUUCUUUGUGUUGUAAAAAUCCGCUAAUGUAAGUCUAGUUGUUUCAGUCUAGUCUAGUGAUGUAGGAUCAAUGGUUAGAGCUGAUAAGAAUCACUUAGACUGAGAAGGAGAAAACAUGUUGAAGCUGUAUUGUAACUCCUAACAGAUCAAUUCCAUGUGAUCACUGGAUUCAAUUACCUAUAUUUGUAGUUCAUGGCUUGAAAGACCUAAUGUGACCCUUUUUUUUUGUCUGUCCUUUGGAGUUGAACAGGGAUGCACCAGACCUAGUUAUGGUAGUACAAGUACAUGCAAUGAAUUUUAAUGGUCCAGAAUA